UCUUAUCAUCAGUAAAAACUGAUGUGCAUCUUCUAGCUGGGAUGGAUUUUCUGCAGCUCUUUUUGGUUGUUGCUGAAAAGGUUUCAGGAUGAAGAAGUUUUUGAUACAUAGUCAGAGCUUGGCAGUUCUAGCACAGCUUUCUGUACAUACAUCUAUUUUAAAAAUGCAGCAGCUAAAUUUUAAAUACGAGAUUAUAAAGUGCUCUAAAAAUUUGUGCAAAGACAAAUCUUGGCAUUUGGAAGCGGAAACAAUUUUUUUUUUUUUUGUGGUCAGGAAUAUACAUCCGUAAUUUGAUCUUUUUUCCCAGGCCUGUGGAAAAUAGAUAAGUUAUAGGAAUGAUAAUACAAAAUAAAACUGUUCUGUUGGAAUAAAAUAAAUCUGUAGGAAGAAAAAUAGUUUGAUAACUAUGUUGUGGUGUUUUGUCUUUUCAGCUAGAUACUAUUCCUGUGCUCAUGUGUCUUUUAGAUUGUAUAGAUGUGGUGGAAAUAAAAGCAUGCUGCUGUACGUAGGCAGUUUUGGUUUGUUCUUGAAAUUGUUAUCAGAGCUUGAAAAAUGUCCCAGUUGUAGAAAACUAAAGCUGCCUUACUGAUCAGAGGCAGAAUGAGAGGACAGAUGUUGAGUUUUAAAUCUUAUUACAACCUGUCGUUUCAAUCGUGUGACUAAGUAGGAAACUGUGCCUUAAUUACUCCUGAGGGAAGAGUUAUAAUGGUUUUUUUUGUUUGUUUUCUUUCUUUCUUCCCUUCUACCAUGCCUUGACUAUUGUGAAAUAGCAUGCUGUAUACAAAUCUUUAUGUUCUUCAGCAUCUCUUUUCAUCCCCACAUCCUGCCCAGCAGUGAUGUCUCACCUUUGGUUGUUGCGCAUAAUUUUGUUGAAUGGUGAGAGUCACACUGACCUGUGCUGUGUCUGCUGAUAGUUGCUGAUGGACUCAUAGGUAGCACCACUGGAAGGAAUAAGAUCCAUUUUGAUUUGUACUUCUUCUACCAGACUACCAGGGGUCUUUGAGAAGUCUGUUUUCAGACUUGGAUAAAUCACACUGCUUUGCUUCAUAGUCCUUUUUCUCUCAAAAAAUUUUCUAAUCAAGACCUGGGACUUUAACUGGUAUUAGGAACUUAUAUUUUAAUCUGAGGUGAGUAAUAUAGUGGUGUAUUAGACAAUAGCCAAGGCAAAUCCUCAUUUUAGUCAGGAAAAGUAUGUGUUGUGCAUACACUAGACUGGGUAAUAUUGGUAAUUCUCACUACCUAAUGCACAGAGAAAACAGUCUAAAAAUGAGAAACAUUUUGUUUUUAAAAGCUAGGAUUAUGAUUUUUACAUGUGUAGCAGUAGAUUAAGAAGUAAUUAAAAAUAUAGGCAUAUCAGUCAUGUAAAGUGACUAUGAAAAUUAAAUAUUCACUGAAGGUAUCAAAUAUUGCAUCUCAUUUUGAAUGGAAUUCACCUUUGAUGAGACAUAAACUCCUGGCUAACUUUACAGUCCUGCAUGGAUGAACUGCAUUUGUUACAAAGUUUCAGGUUUUUUUCUCUGGUUUGGAGAUUGAACAUAAGAGGGUAUUGGACAGGAGUGGGCUGGACUGACAUACAGAGCAUCACUCCUGUUGUCUGGGACAUUUGAACACUUCGUGUGAAUUCAACUAGCUGGAGCUAGUGAGAGUCUUUACAUUUAUUUCAUCAGGCUGGGAAUGGAGCCCAAAGCUGGUUUUAUUUGUCAUUGUUGUCACUUUGAUAAAGAGCUUUGAUAGAAUCAGCUAUUAUGCAGAGCUUCUGUGGAGGACUGGAGAAAGCUUAUUUAGACACAGACUGUGAGCAUUUUUAACAUUUCUAUCCUUGUCAGGGCAAAAGUGGUCUUCUGCAUGUGUACGCAUGUAAUUGGAUAGGCUGGUAUCUUUCUGCAUCUGCCAAGGUCAUUCUGGUGUUUCAUGUGUUGCUCAGAGCAUUUUGAGCUGCUCCAAAUAUUGUAUGUAAAUGGGCAAAAAAGCAGACAAAGUUUCCCAGGUUUUUUUUUAGCAAAGAAAAAAAUGAGCCAAAGAUGAUGAUGCCAUACCUAUUUAGCUCUUAUUGGUUUUGUGUGAUUUUAAGAUGUUUUUCAAAUUAGGGAUGAUUUUUAUAGAGACAUAAGAGUAUCUGUCUAAGAGGACUGAAAUAUAAAAAAUGCAUUGAUUCCUGUUAAAAUACCUAAUAAUAAUGAAAGAUUAAUAGAAAAUCUUUUACUUGAAUAAUGUCUGUGCAUUUUGUAUCCAUAUUGCAAGUCCAUCAGAGAAUGUAGCUCAAUCUAAUGUUGUAUUUCAGUCAGUGGAGCCUAAUAGUUUUCAGUAUUCGAUGUUACUUUCAUGUUUUUUAAUCUACUUUUCACUUCAAAUUUUGUAUGAAUGACAAGAUUCAUUAGUUUUGUGUUCAGAAAAGAAGUGAUUAUUUAUGGGUUAUCAUUGGUUAAGCAGAGGUUUUUAAUUUGAAAUGAAGUUUUCUUUAAGCUUUUCUGUGCUACGUAAGUUCAUAAGUGAACUAAGUUAUCAAAUCUAAUGUUAAUUUGUUAUGAAUGUACUUUUAGUGAUUGUUAAGUACAAAAUAGUAACUGAUUUUAAACCAUGCAUAAAAGCAGUGUUAGCAAAAGCGGUUUACUAUAUGGUGUUACAGUACAUAGUAGAAACUUCUAAAUACAAGCCACAUUGGAGUAUUUUAAAAGAAAAUAUUUAUUUAACUGUCAAACUGUUUACUUGGAAAUAUGGAUUUAUUGUCAAACUGAGGUUUCUCAGGAGCAGCACUAAUUCUUGUAGAAAAAUUAGCAUAAAAGCAUUUUCUACAUUUGGACAGUCAGUUGUGAAUAAUACAAAAAUAUUGAAAAACGACCCCUGCAGUGCCUCUCACCUGAAAUCCAUUUCUACAAUGUUAAUGAGAAAUGUGUAUGUUUACACUCAAAUGUGUGACUUGAGAUACUCGUGGUGCUUGCUUUGGUGUUAGAUUAGUUUCACAAAAAGAAGAUAAAUUCAUGCAGGUGAGAGGACUCUUACAAAAUUUCUACUGUUGUGAUAACUGUGUUGAAGACUAAUAGGUGUAGGGGUUGUGUGAGUUGUAGCUCUCUUAGCUAAAACCUGGUGCAAAAAUGGCUGUAUUUGGAAGGGCUUCUGGCUGUAGCCUGUGGACUCUGAGCUGGUGAAGUUUGAACCUUGCAGCACAAGAAUGGUUCUGGGUUAAUACCUCUGUCUCACAACAACCUACAUUGUGGAGUAGGAAGGAGCAAAACCCUCUUGGGAUGGAGUGAUGCAGGUCUGCAUUCGUGGAAGAACCUCAAAAGCGGACAUAGUGACUUGGGACAGGGAGGAGUGUUCACCGUCAGGAGUGGGUGUGUUGCUUGCCCUUAUCAGCACUUGGCCAACGUCUCCCAGCAUGGCCUGGUCUGAACCUGCUAAGCCCUGGCUGUGUGUGAGCUCAUCCAUGGCUGAUGAACUGAGCACCAGGCAGUGGAGCAGAGCCGGUCGGCAUGAUGGGAAGGCAGCAGCACCCAGCGUGCACUGUUACCGCUGCGCGAGAAGCAGAGACCCUAAAGGCACUCGGUGUCGGUGUGUAGCACGAGAGGCAAAUCACUGGUAUCUAUAGGCAAGGAAACGUACCACAAGCUGCCUCAUGCAAAUACUGAGACUUCUUGUAAGAGGGAUUUAAGUCAUAGAGGUAAUAAACGUGCUGUUUAGGAAACUACAGAGCUGCCUUUGGCCUGGUUAUGUUAUCAUGUCUCCAUCUCCCUCAUGUGGAGCCAUAAACCCAGCUUCACAGUAUGCCUGAAUGUGGGACUGGAAGCCACUUGGGUUUUGUGAUUGAUUGCUUAAUUUGACCUAGAGGCAUUCAGGUGAAAUGCUCACUUACACAGAAAAACAAGCAUGAAAUUUUGUUGUUUCCCUAUGUGCAUGAGACAAGGUGUAAUGGGUGAGACUAGUUGUUUCUCUUGUUCCAGAUGAAUAGAUGUUCAUUAUUUUGUGAAUCUCUAUAGGUGUGGCGCAUAUUUCUAGCAUAUAACUAAAUAAUUGAAUGAAAGGUGUGAAGGACACGUUGAAAUGAGAAUUAUCUUUUAUUCCUUGAAAGAACAAUGAUGCUAUCAUAUGCACCUUCAUAAGAAUUACAAUAGCCAUGGUUUAAUAAGAACUGGAGUGUGAACCAACAAAAUUGCAUGAAACAACAUGCAGUUUGCUUUCAAAAUGUUGGUAUCUACAGUGUGUGAUUUGUGGGCAUUUGCUAAGGCAUGUUUAUCAGAGCUGUAUUGGGCUUGUUGCAGUGUUAGUAAUCACUUCAUAUUCCACAAAUCUCUGGUUUUGUCUGUGGAAUUUUUUUUUCUUUUACAGCUGUACAAAAAUGGAUGAAAAACUAAUUUCUUUUAGCAUGAAAUUACAACCAUUCAGCAGUAUUUCUGAUGAACUAUUAAAGCUUGACUUUGGCAAGGUCUGCAGUAGGAGCACAUUGUUAAAAUAAGAAUGCCAUGUUACAGGAGAAGUAAGAUUAAUCCAGCAAUACCUGUAAAAAACUGAGGCUUGUUCUUACACAGCAAACCAGCUUUCUGUAUGAAAUAGGAAUCCUUGUAAAACUUAGUUUGUACUGGUAUAGCUGUAUCAGUCUUAGGAUAAGUGUGCCAUUGCAGCUCUCUGAAUUAAGUAUUACACCUCUUUGCACUUUUUCUAGAUAUAGCUAUCUGCAAAAAUGUGUUAUGUGGGUAUAAACUUCUUUCAUGGCUAUGCUAUGGUAAAUACCUACAGGGUGCUUAUUUACUUGCAGGGUGCAUCUACAUAAAAAAAAUAGAAAUAAGAUUUUCAUACAAUUCUGCAUUUUUAGGGUCAUUGAUAAGUCAGUUGCCAGUAUUCUGUCAGAGCAAUUACCACCUGAACUAUUUGUUACUGCUUUCUGUCUCCUCAAACCUGCUGUCAUAACUGCAGCUGUUGUCACACCUUGGUCAACCUUUCUCUGAUCUAAAUUAGCUUUUAACAGUAGCUUCUCUGUAAUUUACAUAGUUUUGAUUGGAUCAUAUUCAGGGGAAAAUAAGUACAUAGCAGAAUAUUGUAAAAAGAUUUAAGAUUUGUUGAAAUUAAACUCCAUAUAGUGUGGGGUGUUUUUUAGAGACUAUUACAUACAUAUGUACUCUGUCAUUAUGUGGAAAACUUUCAAGAGAAUGAUAGGAUAUAUUGUGUCUUAAAGGAUUGACAGUGGUCCCCAAAAUAAGAGUUGAAAUAGGUGUUGUUUCUGUUGCCUGUGCAAUUGCUCACGAGUGUCUAUUGAAAAUGCUGCUGCUGUAGAUAAUACCUGUAAAGACCCUGCUCUGGUAGGGUUGAAAAUUAGUGAACCACAUUGUGACAUUUAUGAUCUGAAAAAAGCUUCCUGUUCCUACAUAUUCAUACAUAUUCAUAGCUAAUGCUUUUAUUAUCACUAGAGGGCAGUAAAUACAAACACGGAAUUACAUUUCUUAUCAGAAUGUUUUUUUUUUUGUUUUUUUUUUGUUAAAUUUAAAAUAAUAAGGGAGCCUUACUCUUUAUUAAACACCUUUGCUCCUGGGUUUUACUACAUACUUCCCCUAAAAUAGUUCAAAGGAACAUCAUCAUCUCAGUUUGUUUAGCAACAUAAAAUUAUCGUAUUUUAUGCAUAAGAAUUAUAUAUUCCAAAGAAAAAUACCUGAAAAAUGAUACUGCGUAGGCUAUUCCAUAAUUUUAACAAAUGUAAUUAUGACAGGCCAAACCCUUCCAAGAAAACCUUUUUAAAGCAGUAUAAUCAUGCUGCAGUUAGCACACUUAAAACUUUCUUCAAAAGAACUGGAGAUAUGUUCUACUUUUGGUCAUCAGUUCUCAGCCACCAGUGAAGUUCAUCUCUUUUAGAUAUCAGCAUGAGACCCAGCUUUGUCUCUGUCCCUGCAGCUCACUUAUUGUGUGGCAGCUGGUUGCCACAGUUGAAACCACUUCUCAUAUUUGUAAAAUUACUAAUUGUUUGGGACUUUUUACUUAAAUCCUAUAGUUUCUCUCCUAGCCUGGAUUCUUAUGUGGAACCCAGAGAAUUUUGGUGAGGUUGCUGUAGUUUUCUUGUAGUUUUCUUUUCUUUUCAGUAGUUUUCUUGUCUCUGGCUGUUGCUGCUUCCUCUAGUCUGGCUGGGUUUUGGGUGAAUCCAUCCACAUGCUCUUGCUUGCUGGAUGAAAUGACCAUUCUUUUCUGCUGUGGUCUUCCAGCACUGAGUAGACUCUCCACUUUGUGGGGAAGCUUUGGUGGUGUACAUACUAGCACAACUCACAGAUAGAGCUGGCUAAUGUUGUAAAAACAGUGCUGUGUUUGUGACGAGUAGGAGCUGGAUUUGACAUGGGUGAUUAUUGCUGUUCUCUGAUGUGUGAAGGUCAGUCUAAAAAUCAUAGAAUCAUAGAAUAGAAAUCAUAGAAUAGAAAUUUUUGGGUUGGAAAGGAUCUUAAAGAUUAUCUAGUUCUAAUCACCUGCCACAGGCCUUGUUUUUUCAUGUUUUCAAAUGCUCUUCAUUUGGCUUCUGGGAUUUCUUCAGGCUAUCUGUUCUUGUUUGUAAUGCAUACAACCUUGAAAACUGAAACUGGUGAUAUGCUUAGAUAUCUACUUAUUUGCUUUACUUUUUGCUGCUUAGUAGACAAGAUGCACUACAUCCAGCACACUUGUAUUCAGAAGUGAUGCUCAGACAUCUCUGAAAAUGUUCUUAGUGCAGUUUCAUAGUCAAUCCAAGGGGUUGCAUUUGAGAGCACUGCUCUUCUCUCAAAGCUAAGUACAUUUUUGUAUUACCCAUCACUUAUCUGUAGUAGGAAAGGCCAAGGUGGUAAGUGGUUAGUAAAUAAUGUGACGGUUCAUAAAAGUACUGCAACUGAAUCACAGAAUCAGAGAAUAAGGUUGAAAGUGACCCCAGUGGGUCAUCUGGUCCCACCUUCUUGCUCAAGCAGGACCAUCCUGGAAUGCAUUGCAUGGGAUUGAGUCCAGAUGGUGCUUGAAUAUGUCCAGUGAGGGAGACUACACAGCCUCUCCGGCAAUCUAUUCCAGUGCAGUCACCCACAUAGUAAGGUUCUUCCUCAUGUUCAGGGGGAACUUUCUGUGCAUCUGUGUCUGCCAUUGUCUCUUGUACUCUAGCUCGGCACCACUGAGAAGAGCCUGGUCCAUCCUUUUAACAUCCUCUCUUCAGUUAUUGUAUACAUUGAUGAGGUUCCCUCUCAAGUCGUUUCUUCUUGAAGCUGAAUGUGCACAGCUCCUUCAAUCUUUCAUUGUAAAAGAGAUGCUCCAGCCCCCAAAUCAUCUUUGUUUCCCUCUUCUGGACUUGUUCCAGGAGUCCCAUGUCUCUGUUGUCCUGAGGAGCCCAGAACUGGACACAGCACUCCAGGUGAGGGGCUGAGUAGACAGGCAGGAUCACCUACUGUGACCUGCUGGCAAUGUUCUUCCUACUACACCCAGGGUACCACUGACCUUCCCUAUGUCAUCUUGUAGUGUGUGUUGGUUUCAGCCCAGUUGGUUUGAAGCAGUUUCAGCUGCCUUCCGUUGCUUCUUGAUGCUUCUUUGGUGCUAGAGGAUCAGGUCUGGUGUGCUGUGUUUUCUUAUUUCUGUGAUUUUCCACAGUAGGUGUGGUCUUAUAAGUUAAAUAGACUGAGUUUUUUCUUUUAUUACAGAAGAUUUUGUCUGUCACAAUAAUAAUAUUUGCAAGUUGUUUUUCCUACACAAUGUACAUAAUAGAAAUUAGGAAAAGAUACGCUAAAGCUGUGUGCACUGUUCAAUUACGUGUGUUGCCAGAAUAAGAGGCUUAGAGCCUCUCUUUUUAUUUAGUCACAGAAGACACAGAUUUUUGGGGGUGACAAUAUCAUUAUGAAAUUCCCUGUUGUGACUUUACAUACUCUUCAGGGUUCCUGCUUUCUUCAGUGUAGUUUACCUAGUUGUGAACCAUGUUCCUUAUUGAUGGUGUCCUUGCAGACAUUAAAUUCCCUGAACUGUAUGUAGUUUUCCCCUUAAAUUCCCCGAACUGUAGUUUACAUUAAUGAUGCCAAUAUUUUAAACAAGUGAGGCUGCUGGUGGUGACUUUCACAUACUCAGUUUAUCCCAUGAACCAUUCCUCCUCCCAGUUGUUUCUGUUCUCAGGAAAUUUUCACACUGGAAAUCUUAACGGUAGUGACAUAAUUGCAGAUCAUCAACAAAGAAAUUUAGUAACAUAAAACAGUUUCAAGUCAUGCAAGACCUUACUUAAAACAGUCCUGUUAGAUGAAGACAGCCUGUUUAUGACCAUUAGGAAUGAGUCUAUAGUCAGAAUCUUAGCCCACUCAAUGUGCCUUCUCUCAACAUUGGGAGUGGUGCAGAAUAUUUUACAGUUAUAAAUCAAAUGCUCUGUGAGAGUACAAGAAUAUUACAUGUUCAAACACAUAACUGAUACUGACUGGCAUUAAUUACACUUUUAUGUCUCACUUCCUUAUCGAGCAAAAACAUGGAAUAUGUGCAUAUCAGCUUUUCUGCCAUUGUACCCAGGACUGGGGUAUCAUGAAGUGGUCUGAACAUACCUAUCCAUCCAGCUUGGGAAUUUUAAGUAGCACAAAUUAACAUUUUUAAAGUCUUUAAAAGUAUGCUAAAACUGAACUUUGCCGCUCCUGGGAUCCCCGCCACCUCUUUUUAUGACUUCUUUGGAGAAAAUUGUCCAGAAUCAUUGAUUGAAUAAUAGCUAACAUUUGCUAAGGGUGUUAAGGGACUUCAUCAUCUUUGAGUCUUUCAAGGUCAUUGUCUUGAUUUUUUCAAAACACAUAACAGUGCUCAUAAAAAAAAAAACAAAUUUAUUACUCACUUACUGUAAUUUUAAAUUACACCUUUCCCAUUUCCAUAUACUUUGAUUGAUUGGAACCAUUGUAUAAAAUGUCAUUAUGUUCUUCCUCCCCCAUGUUUUAUCUUCAUGGAUGUAUAUUUGUAUAAAAAACAAGAAUCUCUAAAUUUUGUUUUUCUUAUCUUGAAUUCUUCUAGGUAUUUAGUUAGUGGCAGCUAUUUGCCAUGCACUCAUCUAUCCACCAUAACCUCCUCUAAAGCUAGUUAUUCAAUGAUUGUAACCUGGGAAUUCAGGAGGAAAAUCAACCAAAACUAUUCUUGUAAUUAAGAGCUGGUGUGAAUUUCAUGACUCUCCACAUCUAAGGUCAUGUUGCCAAAGUCAGGGGGCAUGCUUUCUAAAUCAGUGAAGUCAUACAAUUAAAUUCUAUUACAGCAAUCAUUAAUUUUAUGAGGUUGAGACUAUGAGUCUUGAAAAAAUAAUACAAGUCAGUAAUAAGCAGUGUAUAUGAGGUGUAAUUGCCUAUUAUCAGUAUAGUUAAUAUGGAGCUAGAGUGAAUUGAUGUAAUGUAUAUUUACAUUGGAGGGAAAUGUUUUUUCCUGUUUAUAUAACAAAAUGACCCAGCUGAUAAUUUGAUAAACACCAUUCUUCAAUAAAUUCUACCAACUGUAACUCAGUAAUUCUUAUAGAUGUAUCUUUGUCUCAUACGUUAAUCGGGAAGAAAAAAAAAUUGAUGAUUUUUUAAUGCAUGCUUAACAGCUGGUGUAAUUUACAUACCAGCCAUUUAAAAUAUUUCUUAUCUGAAUCAAGUUCUUUUGGGAACAGUUCUUUGGGAAGAGUUAUUAAUAUUUCAUGAGGAAGCAGCCUUUAGUAGCAAAGUAAGAAAAAAUAUUUAAGACUUGACUUUCUCCUGUCUUCUCAUACAACCUAUUGCAACCAAAAUUUCAUACCCACAUGCUUCAUUCCUAAAGUAGACAGAAGUUAUUUUACCAUUUUCUAAGUCAUGCUUGAAAUUGCCUGCUGAAGAAAGGCGUCAUUUUUCCAGUUCUGUGUUGAUGCUGGGUAGGUGGCAGCAGUGCUCUCUUUUGGACGAUAGGAAGACAAUGAAUCACAGAUGUUGAGAAUCUUUAUAUUCAGCAUUAUGAAGUUGAGCUGGAAGAAUCAGGAGAAAUAUUUUCUAAAAGUUCCUUUUGACUUCUUUAAUGUCUUGCUGAAUGUCUAGGACCCCCAGAUCUGUUUUCAAAACUUAAUAUACAUCUAGCUUCAUCAAUUCAGACCGAGUAUAACUGUGAAUAUUAAAAUCUGUCAGAAAUGUUUUAUAUUAUCUAUUUAAAGGCAAACAGUAUGCCUUUCAUAUGAAAAUACUUUAAGUACUGAUGAUCUGUUGAUUGUAUCCAGUUGUCAUACUGCUCUAGGUUUCUCUGCUGUAAGGAAGAGAUUUGUUCAUACCAUAUUUUGCCCUAUUGAUCUUUACAAGUUCAAUUCUUUUUGAAGCACUUAGUGUUGCUGACUACUUCAGCCAAAACCUCUCUUAUGACCAUUCUCAGUCAGCAUCUUCCAGUGAAUCAGCAGAGUGGGAUUAGGCUGAAUGCUGCACCUCAUUCUGCUUGUUCUUAGGCAUUUGCCCAUUGUCACUCUUUUGACACAACAAAGACUCAGAAAUUUGCUGCAGUAGUGCAUGUGCCUUGCACAGAGUGGAGCAAGAUAAUCAGAGAACCAUGGAAUGGCUUGGGUUGGAAGAGACUUUAAAGAUCAUCUAGUUCCAACCCCCCCUGCCGUGGGCAUAAUGUAUUCCUCCUUUCAAGUUUUGGUCUCUGAGUGGCAGAUGGUGAGAUCUUUUAUUUAAUGCUUGAGUCAGCUCACUGACACACUCCACUUUCAAUCAAUCCCUUCUUUUUUUCAAUGAUGUAUUGCUGUAAUCUGCUGAGGCAGAAAGAGCAAAAGUUGAAUAAAUACAGUGAGAAUUUGAGGACUCUUAUUAUCUCACUUCUUACAUCUCCAUGGAAGUUUAACAUUUACUGGGAAUUGUAAGACACAUGACUUGCUUUAGCUUAAUAGUAACUGCGUUUAUCUCUUUAAAUAAAAACACAUUAGCAGCCUGGCCCAAUAGUCUGAGGUAGAUCAGUUUUUAAUGUACAUGGCAUAAAAGCCAGAAAAUUUUCAUUGUUUAAAUACAUCAUAAACUACUCAAGAAAUGAGAUAGAUCUAUUUAUGUUGGGUUUCUCCCCCAUAAAAAACACCUCACAAUGUAUUUUUCUUCCAUAUGAAAAAAUAAACCCACUAGGCAAUCCAGACAGAUGUGUGCACAAUACUAAUUUUUGACUGCUUGAAUGGUGUGUCCAUUGAAAACUGGUAAAUGCUGCUGAAGUGACGAGACUUUAGCCCAAUUAUUUUUGAAUGGCAUGUGAAUGCUGUAGGCAGGGAUGCCAUUAAGAAAGAGCAUUUGCUGUCAGGGGAAAAAAAAGAAAAAAAAGAAAAAAAGAAAUAUCCCAUGCCCAGGAGAGUCCCUGGAAUCAGCCAAUGAGAAAUUACCGUACAUCAUGAUACCAGCCCUGCGGAUUUAUAUCUUUUAGGGUGACACACUAUUGGCUGUUAGUAUGGCUCUAUGGGAGGGAUCGCUGCCACUGUCUGUGGCUUCCUCUUCAGGUCCUUAUUUGGUAGCUGUUGAUAGAGCAAGUCUUUGAGCAGCUGAGCAUCUUGACAUACAUUAUUCAUUAAAUCCUGGUGUUCAGGAAAUAUGCAUAUCCCUAGCUCUUCAGAAAUUUCUUCAGCUCGUACAAUAUGUGUCUUCAACGUUGCCUCUGAAUGCUUGGAUUUUCACAAAUGGCAUUUAUACAAUCGGAAGACCACACGGUUGGAUUUCAUUUCAGUAUGCCUCCUGAGCACACAGUUGCUGAGAACCUGAAGACCAGCAAAAAGAAUUAGGAGAGGGAAGACGGAAUCUUUAUUCUUGGAAGUCUUUUGCAGUGUCACAUAGCAAAGAACUGAUAGCUUAGAUUGGUAGUAUAGAAAAAAUCAAAAAUGCCUGAGGCAAACUAUUUACUCUCAGUUUCUUGGGGCUACAUAAAGUUUAAAAGAAUGCUCAACCGUGAGCUAACCCACCUCUCUGAAAUGAGCAGGUCAGGCAAUCAGGUCUCAGAAUAUAUAUCAAACACUUUCUUAGACAAGCAACAUGAAGUUGAAAUCCCUUCUCCAACACAGAAAGAGAAAGAGAAAAAGAAGAGGCCAAUGUCCCAGAUCAGUGGAGUCAAAAAACUCAUGCACAGCUCCAGCCUAACUAAUUCCAGUAUUCCCAGGUUUGGAGUUAAAACAGACCAAGAAGAUGUCCUUGCCAAGGAACUUGAAGAUUUGAACAAAUGGGGCCUUCAGGUUUUCAGAGUAGCAGAGUUAUCUGGAAACAGACCUCUGACUGUCAUCAUGCACACUAUUUUUCAGGAGCGGGACUUGUUAAAAACUUUUAAGAUUCCAGUAGAUACUUUAAUCACUUACUUGAUGACCCUGGAAGACCAUUACCAUGCAGAUGUGGCAUACCAUAAUAACAUACAUGCUGCAGAUGUUGUUCAGUCAACCCAUGUCCUACUAUCAACCCCAGCAUUAGAGGCAGUGUUCACUGAUCUGGAGAUUCUUGCAGCAAUUUUUGCCAGUGCAAUACAUGAUGUAGAUCAUCCUGGGGUUUCAAACCAAUUUCUUAUCAACACAAAUUCUGAACUCGCCUUGAUGUACAAUGACUCAUCAGUACUGGAGAAUCAUCACUUGGCUGUGGGUUUCAAGCUGCUGCAGGAAGAAAAUUGUGACAUUUUCCAGAAUUUGACCAAAAAACAGAGACAAUCAUUGAGGAAAAUGGUCAUUGACAUUGUACUUGCAACAGAUAUGUCUAAGCAUAUGAAUCUACUGGCUGAUUUAAAAACUAUGGUUGAAACUAAAAAAGUGACCAGUUCUGGUGUCCUGCUUCUUGAUAACUAUUCAGACAGGAUUCAGGUUCUUCAGAAUAUGGUGCACUGUGCAGAUCUGAGCAACCCUACCAAGCCGCUCCAUCUCUACCGCCAAUGGACAGAUAGAAUAAUGGAGGAAUUUUUCCGUCAGGGAGACCGGGAGCGAGAAAGGGGAAUGGAGAUAAGUCCCAUGUGUGAUAAGCACAAUGCAUCUGUAGAAAAAUCACAGGUGGGUUUUAUAGAUUACAUUGUUCAUCCUUUGUGGGAGACAUGGGCAGAUCUUGUUCACCCGGAUGCCCAGGAUAUCUUAGAUACACUGGAGGACAAUCGAGAAUGGUACCAGAGCACAAUCCCUAGAAGUCCCUCUCCUGCACCUGAAGAAAAGGAAGAGGGAAAGCAGGGUCAAACUGAAAAAUUCCAGUUUGAACUAACGCUGGAGGAAGAUGGUGAGUCAGACACUGAAAAGGACAGUGGAAGUCAAGUAGAAGAAGACACCAGCUUCAGUGACUCCAAGACUCUUUGCACCCAGGAUUCAGAAUCCACUGAAAUUCCUCUUGAUGAGCAAGUAGGGGAAGAAGUGGAAGAGGAGGAGAACCAAACAGCAGCAGAGCCUUGUAUGGUAGAAGAGCAUUCUCCUGACACAUAA